UCCAAAACCACUAUUUGGGGCCGCGAGUGCUAACGUACGCGGGUGGAAGAAACCAAACUCUUGACGUAAACAACAGAUCGGUGACUCAAUUCCCAGACCUGUCUGCAUUUUGUGAACCCUUUCUUCCCCUCUCCCAUCAUCAAACCCCCAUUUCUCUCCAUAUCUUUCUGAAACUCUCUUUUAACUCCCUCAUAAACCCUAAUUUUCAUCCACCCAAAUCCUCCAAUUGUGUGCAUCAGCCCCUAUAGUCCGAUGGUUUUGAUCAUUCCAUCGAAUCAUUUCGAUUAUUCCAUCAAAUCGGUGCCUUUUUCUUGAAUAUUCCUGGUUUUGUACGGUUGUGAUUCGAUCUGAAACUCCCAAUUCUGUAUUGGCACAUGCAUGAUCUUUCCUGGGGUUUGUGUUUCUAGGGUUUUGAAUUGGGUCAAGAUUCAUUAGUUUCUAGAGAUUAGAGUUUUUUUGAGGGGGUUUGAGGGAUGGAUUCGAGCAGGAGAGCUGUGGAAUCGUACUGGAGAUCGCGAAUGAUUGAUGGAGCAACGUCUGACGAAGACAAGGUCACGCCUGUUUACAAAUUAGAAGAGAUUUGCGAGCUCCUUCGGUCUUCGCAUGUUAGUAUUGUGAAGGAAGUCUCUGAGUUUAUUUUGAAACGGCUCGAUCAUAAGAGCCCAGUUGUUAGACAGAAGGCUCUAAGGCUGAUUAAAUAUGCGGUGGGAAAGUCAGGUGUGGAGUUUAGAAGGGAAAUGCAAAGACACUCAGUGGCUGUGCGACAGUUACUCCAUUACAAGGGCCAGUUAGAUGCUUUGAAGGGGGAUGCCCUUAAUAAGGCUGUUCGAGACACGGCUCAAGAAACUAUCUCUGCUAUCUUUGCUGCAGAGGAAAAUAAGCCAGCACCUUCAGAAGAUCUUAAUAGACGAAUUCAAGGUUUUGGGAAUACAAACUAUGAGAUGCCAUCAGAAGAUAAGAAAUCAUUUCUCAGUGAGGUAGUUGGUCUUGGAAGUACAUCUAUCAAACAGGGAAUUAGUAGUAUCACACAAGGUCAUUCGCUAAGGAAGAAUGAUAAUGGAAGCUACAAGAGUCCAAAUCUUCGAAGGUCAUUGACUACAGAAAUUGAGUACCAAGAUAGAUAUGAAGGAGUUGAACAUCAAAAUGAAACCCAAAGUAGUUUUGGCAGCUCAAAGAAUGUUUCUGGUGGGCCUUGGAACCAGGAUGUACGAAUAACCAAGUCAGAAACUACCAACGGAGACUCCAGUUCAAGCUUUGCUGAGAGUAAGACCCGUGAGGAGAGAUUAUUGGAAACAAUAGUGACAUCAGGAGGUGUACGUCUGCAGCCCACUCGAGAUGCUAUUCAGAUUUUCCUCAUAGAAGCUGCAAAGUUGGAUGCUUUGGCGUUAAGUCAUGCCCUUGAAUCAAAGCUCCAUUCUCCUCUGUGGCAGGUGCGGAUGAAAGCUGUUUGUGUGCUUGACUCAAUUUUGAGGAAAAAGGAUGAAGAACAGUUUUCAACUGUAGCAUCUUAUUUUUGUGAAAACAAAGAUGUUGUGUUGAAAUGUUGCGAGUCUCCCCAAGCUUCACUGAGGGAAAAGGCAAACAAGGUGUUAAGCCUUUUGGGUGGAGAGCAAACAGGCAGCACAAUGAGCCCUCCUGAAAAGCCACUGAAGACUGAGACAGUGCCUGCAGUUCAGAUGCCUGACUUAAUAGACACUGGUGGUCCAGAUGAUUACUAUGGGGCAGAAGAUUCUAUAAAAACCCAAAGUGAUCAAAGUGUACCAAAUUUGACAACAUCAACCAGCCCUCUAAUUGAUGAUUUAUUUGGAGAUGGUCUUGGUGUUAGUGAGAACACUGGUGAACAAAAAAAUGAUGACGAUCCCUUUGCAGAUGUCUCAUUUCUCAGUGGCGAGGCUAGAGAACAGGUAGAUGACCUCUUUUCAGGAAUGACUGUUGAUGAUAAAGUGGGUGCUAAUGAGAUUCCUAAGGCAGCAACUAGUAAUGAACCUGAACUAUUUGAUAUUUUUGGGUCAAAUGCUGAACUUCCUCAGGAGCAAGAAAAUCAUAAAAAGGAUGUUAAUGAUUUAAUGGCUGGUUUAUCCAUUAAUGGAAAUGUCUCAAAUACGACACAGAAAGGAAUGCUUCCUGGGGCACUCUCUGAGACUGUGUUCUCAGAUUCAAAUAGUUACUCCCCCAAGCAAGUCUCCAAUGAUGCUUUGAAUGGUUUUGGUUCUGAAACGGCUGGCAUGAAUGCAAAUGCCAUGUUUCCUUUGGGUUCAAUGCCCUAUAAUAUCCCUCCAGGCAUUAUGUUCAAUCCAGCUUUUCCUUCUCAACCAAUGAAUUAUGGUGCCAUGGGGAAUUUCUUUGCCCAGCAGCAGUUCCUAGCAGCAAUGUCCAACUUUCAGCAGCUGGGGAACCUGACUUCUCAAAGUGCUGGCAUGGGUCAUGCUGGUGGAACAAUGGAAGGAGGAUAUUCUUCACCCCUCCCUGACAUUUUUCAUCCACAUAUUCCUACUCAAAGUCCCACUGCAGUAAUGACCAGUUCAAAGAAAGAGGAGACAAAAGCAUUUGAUUUUAUCUCUGAUCAUCUGGCUGCUGCUCGAGAUCCAAAGAGGGUGAUUUGAAUUGGAGCUCUUACGCUGAACACGUCAAUGAUGACAUGUUUAUUUUUAGGCAAGUAUAUCGCAGCUGGUUAUUUUCUUUCAACUGAGAAGCUGAAUUCUUUUGCAAUAAUGGGACAUCUGGAGAUGUUAAAAGAGUCAUGUUUCAAUGAAAAUAGGACUGUAACUUAUAAAACGGGGAAAAUCCCACAACUGAAAAGGAAAGAGAGUGGAAAAAUUGCAGAUUUGUGGUGUAGUGGAAGAUGGAAGAAGAGUGAGAGAAUGUGGUUGUGUAAGUUUGGUUUCUCAACUUUGGGUAUUCUGUAAGUGGAGGCACUCCUUGCUUUUCUUUACAUUGUAAUGGAUUUGUAGAGUUGUUUCUUUAUAACCUUUCUUCUAUGAGGAAUGCUUGUGGUAGAUACAUUUGUUGGAUUGAGGGAUCUGUUUUUAUGUUGAUUCAACACACUUUCAGACCCAAUCUAUUAUUUGAUUAGAUUAUUGAGUCA